AAGAAAUCUCAUGUGUACAUAUAACCGCUUAACUUUGUUAAGAAAACGUACAAGCCAUUAUGUAAGAUACGGUACAAUCAGAAGAGCAGAACCAAUUAGUUUGGCCACCACCAACAUAGCCAGAAUCCGUUUUUUUCACUCUGCCCUAGGGUUCAUUAGACUUUGGUUGCAGAGCUCUUAGCUCUUCUUCUUUUAGAUUGCUCCUCUUUAUUAUUCUCAUUGUGUCGAAUUAAGGGAAAAAAAAGAUGAAAGAAGAUUCUCCCGCGAAAGUUACAGAGGACGCGGGUUCGAAUCCUGGGGCCGCGACGGUCAGACAAAGGAAGAAGAGAAAAUGGGAUCAACCGGCAGAGUCAGUUAUAUCUGCAGGAUUUCCCAUCACUGGAAUGGUAUCAGUUGCUGGAGCUGGAGCUUUGCAUGGUUUUGGGUUACCAGGCACGGUGCCUUCACUUGCUGGGGUUAUUCCAUCAGGUGUGAUGACAUCUGCUUUCAUGUCAGCAUCCCAGAUUUCCCCAGCAGUAUCUCUAGUUCAGCAGAAUGCAGCAGCAAUUGUACAGAAAAUCAACCAGGAUUUGGCAACAAAAGGAUUGUUGCCACAGCCAAAGAUUCAAGAUGAAUUAAUUGCGAGAGAAAUUGUAAUUAAUGAUGCAGAUCCUACCGUUCGGUACAAACUCACCAAACGUCAGACACAAGAAGAAAUUCAAGCAAAGACUGGAGCUGUUGUAAUAACAAGGGGUAAAUACCGUCCACCCAAUGGUCCCAUUGAAAAUGAAAAGCCUCUAUAUCUUCAUAUUUCUUCUGGAGCUCAUUUGAAAGACAUGGCAGAGCGCAUCAAAGCUGUUGAUCUAGCUGCUGCCAUGGUUGAGGAAAUAUUGAGACAAGGUCGGCAACCUCAGUCAGCUUCAACUUUGCUGUGUGGAGUCCCAGUGGCUGGUGGACUGGCAACUCCACCAUUCAGCACAGCUGUAUUUGUAGGUCUUGAGGCUGAUCCGACCUUGAAUCUUGUGAGCAGGAUUCGUGGCCCAAACGACCAGUAUAUAAAUCACAUUAUGAAUGAAACAGGAGCGACUGUUGUCUUAAGAGGAAGAGGUUCUGGAAAUUAUGAAGGGCCACUCGGUGAAGAGCUCCAGCAACCAUUGCAUUUAUUCAUUUCUAGUGACAAUGCAAAGAGCCUUGAUGAUGCAAAGUCCUUGGCAGACAAUCUUCUGGAAACUGUGCGUUCUGAAUGUCUAAAGUCUAGGCCUCCAACAUACCAGGUUGCAGUGGUGGGUUCGAGUGCUACUCCUGUUAUGCUGACUGCUUCUGUGCAGUCAUCCAUUCCCUCUUAUCAAGUUCCUUCCUAUGCUAUCAGUUCUGUCAGUGUAGGACCUUAUGCUGGUGUUUACCCACAAGCUGUAAUGUCAUACACACAAACAAAUGUACCCAAUGUGCAGUCAUUAGUUUCAGCAGAUACACUUAGUCUAAGCUCGUCGAUUCCACAACCUGGCUCAGUCAAUUCAGUAACUUCAAUGGCAACAGAGAUUAACAAGUCAUCAACUACAAGAGUUUACAAUGCAGUUCCCCCACCUCAGCAGUUGAUGUCCGAGACAGUAAUUACAAAAGCAAAUACAGUUAAAAGUGAUGUAAUGUCUGAAUUGGAAUCCUCUGCUUUAGGUACCGACUUGGCAGUGGUAGCCUCUUCAUCAUCAAAUGCAUGUAUAAGCUUGCUGGGAAACACAUCCUCGAGUAUUGCUACUUUGCUAAACCUUGCAGGCACAGGGGUGUAUCCACAACUUCAGCAGAACCAGCAAACACAAUCUGUGCAUAUUUCAGGUGCAUCUUCUGGAACAAGCUAUAAUGGGUAUGGUGGCAUAUAUCCCCAAGCUACACCGUUGCAGCAGGUAGCGCUUGCUCUUCAAAGACCGCCACCUCCGGUUUCUGUGAAGCCUGGCUCUCUGAUUUCAGCAAAUGUACCGACAAAGGCCCAAUCAAGUUAUUCCAAUGGACAAAUUGGGAAGCAGCCUCCAAAACGAAGAAAAUUUCAGGAACUUCCAGUGGCAUCAAAGCAGCCUUCACGAGACUAUCAGGUAUUUUCUCUGACCUGCUAUCGCGUUGACUCUUGCGAACCCAUCUAUGUGGAUCUUCAUUUGCAUGUUUCACAGGGUUGGAAUUUGCAGCUACAUACAAAAGGAAGCUGCAGGCAAAAGCACCAAUGCAGCUAUUCAAAUAUUGUUUUAAACCACUGAAUUGUUCUUUAGUUUUUAUAUUUUUUAUUUGUUUUAACACAUUUAUUAUUUUUCUAUAGUAUUUUUUUUGUUUGUCUUCGGUCUUCAUUGUGCAUAGAACAAUUUUCCUCAAGGGCUUCAGAGUCGAAAUCCUAUAUGUUACUAGUCUUUUGCGUGGGAAACAAUUCUGCUCAGGUCGCUUGGUUGCAUGUGUACACUCUGGAGAAUUUCUGCUUUUUUGAGGCAGCAUUGCCUUUACUGUUGGGAGUUAUUUUUCUCUAUUUUGCCCCUUUAGUGGAGUUGUGUGUGUAGGAAACCUGCACUAUACAUGUUGGCUAUUUUGAGUUGUUAAAUUGCUUCCAGCUCCUUUCAUAUUUUGCUGUAUCUAGUACAUACUGAGUUGUUGGAUCUAUUUGUUGGUUUUAAUUCUAUCCCAUCUCAUGUCCAUUUUUAGAACUAAAGCUGUAUCUCUAUCAUGCCCUAUUAGUUGAGUUGUGUAGGAAACCUGCAUUAUACAUGAUGGCUAUUUAUAUUUCUGGUUAAAUCACUUCCAGCUCCUUUCAUAGUGUGCUGGUGUCAACUACAUGCUGAUGCUGUAUUUGAAUCUAUUUGUUGGUUUUAAUUCUAUCCCACAUGUCCAUUGUUAGAACUAAAGCUGUAUCUCUAUUUUCACAAAUAACUUGUGUUGACAAAACCUAACAAUUAGCAUCAUACUGGAUACAACUUUGUGUUUCAUUUGUUAUAUGAUUUGGAUUAUGCAAAGAGCUUUUGCAUUUAUAGUUUUUCAGCAUAGUUUGAGAUACAAAUUUAUAAACCAAUGAUCUGCUGGACUUUCAGAACUCACUGCAGGGAACAGAAAUUUCUAACACAGGUGGUAUAUCCAAAGAACCAAGUGUGAAGAAGCUUCAGUCCAUGCCACCUCCGAAGGGUUUGCCUAUGGGACCACCUAAAGGCAUGCCUCCAGCACCACUUUCAAGGAG